GAAGGAGAAGAGGAGACUAAACGUAGAAAUUGAAAAUGAUGUAGAGUAUAAAAAUUUGUGUUGGGGGAAGAAGAUGAAUGGGGGGCGCGAGUCAUGAGUUUGAUGCAAACCAUGGUUAGGAGGAAUCACCCAACGCUGGCUUUGCAUGUAUCCUACGUCUCUUUACCUGUCUUCACUGUCGUUUCUUUUCCCCUUUCUGAAAAAUAGAAAAUGGGAAAUUAGAGGAGAAAGAAGAAAUUAAAGGGAUGCCCAGAAAAAAAGGUGGCCGGUUGGGAAUGGUGUCCAUGUGAAGAGUGUCGGACAAAGCUGCUGACGCUGGUCGUAGGCGGUUCCGGGGCCCCACAAAUCAUCGGCUUGAACGACCUCUGAACCAAGUAUUGAAGCUUUCAAUCAAAUCACGGGCAAAGCAUUUCUUUUUCUUGGUUCUGAAUUAGACAAAGGCAUCUCCAUGGCUUAAUCUAAUCUAAGCUGAAAUUAAAGAAGGGCAUCACUCACAGUCACUCGCCUAUAUAUCCGGAACUCAUCCCCCACUCUCCUCCUUUUCACCCUACUUACACUGAUCCAGAGGAGGAAAAUCAGACCUCGGAUUUUCCUUCUUUUGUUUUUCUGGUUGAGGCGGUGGAGUGGGUUCAGGCUUGACGACACAUUCUUCCUCGUUUUGAGUCCCAGUUCCCAGUUCCAGCUGCGUACUACUGAGUGCGGAUUGGUUACUUCUCUAGUAAGGAAUUCAUGGAGUUGAGUAAAUUCUGCUACUCUUCUUUAGUUUUUCUCAUCUCAGGGAUUGUACUGCCGGCGGUGGUGGUUGCUGUCGGCAUCAAUUACGGCCAGAUCGCGAACAAUCUGCCUUCGCCGGACGAUGUGGUUCCACUGGUACGGUCAAUUGGUGCGAGCAGAGUGAAGCUCUACGACGCAGAUCCGAAGGUGCUGCGCGCAUUCGCCAACACUGGAGUUGAGUUCAUUGUUGGGCUGGGAAACGAGUACUUGUCGAAGAUGAGAGAUCCGGACAAAGCGCUGGCCUGGGUGAAAGCGAACGUUCAGGCGCACUUGCCUGACACCAAUAUCACCUGCAUCAUCGUCGGGAACGAGAUUUUGACAUUCAAUGACACUUCUCUCAAUGAUAACCUGCUGCCGGCGAUGCAGGGCGUACACGCAGUUCUGGUUAACCUAGGGUUAGACAAGCAGGUCAGUGUCACCACAGCGCACUCGCUCGCCAUUCUCGAAACCUCCUAUCCACCAUCGGCCGGAGCUUUCCGGCAAGAUCUGAUAGAGUGCAUUACUCCGAUUCUGAACUUCAAUGUCAAAACCGGAUCACCAUUUCUCAUCAACGCCUACCCAUUCUUCGCGUACAAAGCUAAUCCGAAGCAAGUCCCCAUCGAUUUCGUCCUCUUUCAGCCUAACCAAGGGGUUGUCGAUCCUGACACGAAUCUCCACUAUGACAACAUGCUGUUCGCACAGAUCGACGCCGUUUACUCCGCCCUGGCUUCCCUCGGCUUCAAGAAGAUCCCCGUUCAGAUCUCCGAAACUGGUUGGCCUUCCAAGGGCGACGAGGAUGAGACCGGGGCCACAAUUGAGAACGCGAAGAAGUACAACGGAAACCUGAUAAAGCUGAUGUCUCAGAAGAGAGGAACGCCCAUGAGGCCAAACUCUGAUUUGAACAUUUACGUUUUUGCUCUGUUCAACGAAAACAUGAAGCCAGGGCCCACGUCGGAGAGGAACUAUGGGCUGUUCAAGCCCGACGGGACCCCAGCCUAUCCGCUCGGAUUCAGCGGAAUCGAAGUCAGCAGCAACACAACCACCCCUGGGUACGGCGGAAACGUCAGUGUCACGCAGCCGGCUACUUCUUCCACCGGUUAUCUUUCCAUUUCAUCUGCCACGGAAAGAUUAGGUUCCCGUGGCAUUCUAUCCUGUGUGUGGUUGAGCUGGAUUGCACUGGCCCUUAGGAGUUGAAAUGUGAUUGAGAAUUUGAAGUCCUUUACAGCCUCAUCGGCUAGCUGUAAAAAAAAAGAAAAAAAAAAAAAAAAAAGGGAACAGGAAGGGGAAAAGGAAUCAGGGAGAUUGGGGGUUGGGGAAAGGGGCUAUGUAUCAGAUAUUAAUAACGGUACGCCUGAGGAGAUUAGGGAGAUAAUUCUUAGUUUUAGUAUUGAUUUACGCAUAUAGGACAAUUAGAUGAGUGAUAUUUGAUGGUGUCUUGUAUCACAUUUGUUUCAGCCCAUAAAGAAAUGUUGAUCAUUUUCUGUCUUUGAUUUCA